AGUUAUUGUGUUUCCCUCUCUGGUGUCUGCAAAUCUCUAUACUUUGAAUGUACUCACAUUGGUUUCACCAAUUUGGGUAAACUCGAAACAAAACAUCUUUUUGCAGUUCCAGUAACCUUAGCUGCCUUCUUCUUCUUCAGAUAAGAUACUUUGUGUGAAGCAACCAAAGAUGGCAAGAAUGCUAGUGGACAUUCCAAUCCCUCCUAAGUGGAAGCAACUAUGGGAUACAUGGGAUCUCCGAUGCUUCAUCGUCUUAAGUCUUUUAUUACAAACGUUUUUGAUUUUUGUUGCUCCUUUACGAAAACGAACAAAAAGCUACUGGAUAGUCAUGCCAUUGUGGUCUGCGUACCUGUUGGCGGAUGCCACGGCUAACUUUGCUGUUGGACUUAUCUCCAACAGCAUGGGGAACCCUGGUGAGAAUGCAGGCAAAAAAAGUAGGACUCCUGCGGAAAAUACAGAUCUUCUUGCCUUUUGGGCACCAUUUCUUUUGGUGCACCUUGGUGGUCCAGACACCAUUACGGCUUUCGCGUUGGAAGAUAACGAGUUGUGGCUCCGCCAUUUACUUGGUCUUGUCUUCCAAUGUUUAGCUGCGGUUUAUGUGUUUGUUCAAUCACUUCCAGAUAACCGGCUAUGGAUUCCUACAACGUUGAUGUUCGUGACUGGAAUGAUCAAAUACGCCGAAAGAACACGCUCGCUUUAUCUUGCCAGUGCUGACAAAUUCAAAGAAUCAAUGCUUACGGGUCCGGAUCCGGGUCCAAAUUACGCAAAACUUAUGGAUGAAUAUGCUUCUAAGAAAAAAUCCAAUCUUCCGACAUCAAUCGAAAUGACUGAAGAACUGGAUACAUCGACCAAAUCAGCUAACAAGGCUAAAAAGGGGAGGUUAAAAGAAUUGGAGGUCGUCCAAUAUGGUCAUGUGUUCUUCGAAAAAUUUAGAGGUCUUAUUGUUGAUACGAUUUUCAGUCAAAAAGAACGAAAUUUCAGUCGCGAUUUCUUCUUGAAUCGCACCGCCAAAGAUGCAUUCAGAGUGAUCGAGGUCGAGUUAAACUUCAUCUAUGAAGUUCUCUUCACCAAGCUUCCUGUGGUUUAUGGUAUGUUCGGAGCCAUUUGUCGGUGUUUCUCUCUCGCGUCUGUUUGUUUAGCAAUCAUUAUAUUCAUAAUGAAAGGCAAAUCAAACUUCAGUGAAGCUGAUGUAACGAUUACUUACGGUUUGCUUUUUGGGGCAUUGGUUUUGGAUUUAACCUCUCUAUUCAUGCUCUUGUUUUCGGACUGGACCAUCAUUGCUCUUCGAGGAUCACCAGAUGUCGAGCGCGACAACUCUCUCAAGAGCAGGAUCAUCACAUGCUUACUCGGCGUUUUACUCCCACCCAGGAUUGAGGCCAAUCUUCAGGGAACCACAGGGAAUUCGGAAACCAAAACUUGUGGGCGGCGGAUGGGUCGAAGGUGGUCGGAAACCAUUGGUACUUUCAACCUUAUCGAUUAUUGCUUGCAUAAACAGUACACGGGAAAACGUUUUCGACAAUACAUAGGAGAAAAUACAUGGGAAAAAGUUUUCAUCAUGUUGGGGGUUAAUGAGUUUCUUGAUAGCAUAAUUUAUGUAAAACCACAAGCAUUCACUGGGAUUCUUAAAGAGUUCAUCUUCAAGGAGCUCAAAUCGAAAUCAGAACUUGCGGAUGACUUGGAUACCGCUAAGGAGAUAAGUUUAGCACGCGGUGAUUGGGUUCUUCGAGUCGAAGACGGCUGGGCUGGCUUACUCAAAUAUGUUGCAGGUGUCGACUACGAUCAAAGUCUCAUUCUGUGGCACAUCGCUACUGAAUUAUUAUACAACCAAGAUCCCCCUACCGAUAGCUCCGACAAAGACAAAGAAAAUAGGGACAACUCGAAACUCUUAUCUGAUUAUAUGUUGUAUCUUCUUAUAAUGGAAUCUAGCAUGAUGUCGGCAGUAGCAGGUAUUGCACAGAUACGGUUUCGGGAUACUUGUGCCGAGGCUAAAAGGUUUUUUGUUGACAUGAAAGAUGAGAGUAAAGGCAAAAAUGAUGAUGGUAAGCUUAAAAACGCUUGUAACGAGAUUUACAAGGUCGUGACCGAAGUUGAACCAGUAGCGAUAAAGGGAGACCGGAGCAAGUCAUUGCUAUUUGAUGGUUGCAUUUUGGCAAAAGAAUUGGUGAAGAUAGAGAAUAGUUUGAAAAAGAAUAAAUGGGAGAUUAUAAGCAAGGUAUGGGUGGAGUUGUUGUGUUAUGCUGCGACUCACUCACGGGCCAACAUGCAGGCAGCACAAGUGAGUAGAGGUGGUGAGCUUAUUACCAUAGUUUGGUUGCUUAUGAGUCAUUUUGGUUUAGGAGAGCAAUUCCAAAUCAAUGAAGGUCAAAGCAGAGCAAAACUCGUUGUUGGCAAGUAGUUUCAAGUUCUAUUUGGGCCAUGGGAAAUGCAUCACAUGUGAUGGAGAGCGGAGAACAUCAUCAAUAAAUUAAGGGUUUCUAAAGAGUUUUUUUUUCUUUUUGUUUUGAAUAAUGCAUCACAUGUGGUGGAGAGCGGAGAACAUCAUCAAUAAAUUAAGGGUUUCUAAGGAGCUUUUUUUCCUUUUGUUUUGGAUAGAUGAAACAUUAUGUAAUGCUUUAUUUCCCUAUUAUAAAUAAGCAACAUUUUGUUGCUUUAUGUUCUUGUAACAUAUGUAUGGGAGUGUUUCAAAAAAAAAUUGAUUUUUCAUUUA